AUGUUUCCAGUGGUUUGGAAGUCUGCUAAGAUCGUUCCUGUAUUGAAAGCUGGUGAGAAAUCGGAUAUAGCCAGCUACCGUCCUGUAGCCAUAAUUCCCAACUUUGCAAAAGCCUUUGAGUUCUCUAUAGCCCCCUUGAUCCGUUCAGCUUUCAAACCUAUCCUAGAUGAUGAACAGCACGGUUGUGAUCAAAGGCGGUCCACGGUUACCAACCUUAUGUGCUUUACUCAAUAUGUGAAUGAUGCUCUACGAAAAGGUUACCAGGUGGAUGUUGUCUAUACUGAUUUCUCUAAAGCCUUUGACAGGAUCGAUCAUACAAUUCUUCAAUCAAAAUUGAACAACUUGGAUAUCCGAAGUUAUGCCGUACAAUUGCUGCUCAAUUAUCUGUCAAAUAGGCCUAAUCAAGUAAUGUACAGAAGAUGUUUGUCAACAACUUUCCAUUCCACGUCAGGAGUUCCUCAAGGCCCUGCCCUUGGCUCACCGAUUUUUAACAUUCAUGUAAAUGACGUUAACCAAUUUAUAAAUUCCAAUAUCCUAAGAUACGCAGAUGAUAUGAAGUUUUUUAGAGCCAUUAUGAGCCAAUUAGACCAUGAGGCACUCGAGUCUGAUCUAGAUGACCUUCUCCAAUGGUGUAAUAAAAUAAAUUGCACUUAA